AUGCUAGCUUUAAUUAUCUAUUUAUAUAUAGGUAGCCUGUCAGAGGCUAACGAAAGGUUCGGAAACCGGGACGAGAUCUUUGACAGACUAUUGGAUCUUCUCUCUCGACACCAGGGCCUCUUUGACGUUUGUCUUAUCCAUGCUCACUGCACACUUGCUGACGGAGAGGUGAUGCUAGAGAAUGGCGACGUCUCAAUGCCAGUCAAGAUUUCAGGAACGGAAAACUGUUACCCCGUAAGCUGGUUACCAUCAGGUGAACCGUAUGAAUACACAACCAAGCCGACGAAGAUACCGCCACCGUCGCUCUUUGACGAGUCCAGAGCAUUGACUCGAGAUGUCGAGGUUCUAGGAUUGCACUAUAACAACUGUCCGGGGAUGACGGAAACACGUAUAGAAUGGACAGAAGGCAGAAAGAAUUGCACGCGCAGGCUUACGGAGGAAGAUCGAGACAUUUCGGCGGUGGAGACACAAUGGAGCUUGACUCAAGAGUUUAAAAAGAAGCCUAAAGUUCGAUGCAUACUCUAUUGUAACACAACUACCACAAGAAGUGGGGCAAUACACCUCGGCACACAGUCUCAUCACAAAGUCUCCAGCUAA